AUGCAGCUGAAGUUGUACGGGUCUCCCAAGCAACCGAGGGUGUAUCGAUCAAUCGAUGCAUCGAUCGGUGUGACUGCCAUGAGGAAUCUGCUGGCCGAGCGACAGCGGCAAAAACGCGGUGGCAUGUGUUCCGGAAUGGUCAUUCGAAACGACCCACCCCGGGACGACUCCACGCGACCGCUGAUGCCGGGCGCGAUGCAGGCUGGAGGUGGCGGCGGAGGAAGUUUAGCCCGUCGUUUCCUCACCUGUUACGUGAAUCCUCUAAUCAUCGCCGACGAUGAAAGUGACUCACAGGAAACUCGCUGCCUGGAAAAAGAGGGCGCACCCAGCGGCGGCGACCCUGACAACAGUUUUGCUGCUAAUGCCCUGGACAGUGGUCAUGAGUUUAACAACAGCAAUGCAAUGAUGGUCGAUGGACACCGGGACAAAGUGAAGCUGUUCGUCAAGGAGUCGGAGAACGUACAACGGCAACGUUGGCCCAUUGCCAUUUCCACAGCGUCCAGCAUGCAUGAUUCAUUGCUUAAUUAG